AAUCGGAAAAGAGCUCCUCGUCCUCCUCCUCCUCGCGAUCUAGGCGAGCUUUCUCGUACUUCUCCAUCCCAAUUGAAGCUAGUCCUCCUCAGCCGACGCGAAAGCUCCCCACUUUCAUUCCCCUUAUGGAAAACCCCUCUUCUUCUUCUUCUUCGCCUCCUCCUAUCCGCUCAUCCUUCUUUGCUGUGCUUCUUUUUGGGGUUUUCGCUUCUGCUCCUGAAAUCUCUUGCAGUCUCUUUUCUUUUUCAUCCUGCUCUUUCCGGUUUUUGGGUGGAGAUGGGUCGGGGAAAGAUAGAGAUCAAGAGAAUCGAGAACUCAACCAACCGGCAAGUGACCUUCUCGAAGAGGCGGAAUGGAAUCAUGAAGAAGGCGAAGGAGAUCAGCGUGCUCUGCGACGCCCAGGUUUCGCUUGUCAUCUUUUCCAGCCUUGGAAAGAUGUUUGAGUAUUGUAGCCCAUCCACCACGCUGUCGAAGAUGCUGGAGAAAUACCAGCAGAACUCGGGGAAGAAGCUCUGGGACGCCAAGCACGAGAACUUGAGCGCGGAGAUUGAUCGUAUCAAGAAGGAAAAUGAUAAUAUGCAGAUCGAACUCAGGCAUUUGAAAGGGGAGGAUCUGAACUCUCUUAACCCAAAAGAGCUUAUUCCGAUUGAGGAAGCCCUGCAGAAUGGUCUCACCAGCGUUCGGGAUAAACAAAUGGACUACUUGAAGAUGCUAAAAAAGAAUGAAAGGAUGCUUGAAGAUGAAAAUAAAAGGCUCACAUACCUAUUGCACCAACAACAAAUGGCAAUGGAAGGGAGUAUGAGAGAACUCGACAUCGGCUAUCAUCAUAAAGAUCGCGAGUAUGCGGCUCAGAUGCCAAUGACUUUUCGUGUCCAACCCAUUCAGCCCAACUUGCAGGGAAAUAAGUAACUGUGUUAGCCUACUGCUUUCCUGUUGUUUAAAUGAAUUAUUAUAUUAACUUUUGGCAGUUCUGUGAGAAUAUGAAAACUUAUAUUGCUAAUUAUCAGAUAUGUGCUUACUAGUGAUAUUCAUAUUGUAACUCUCCAAACUCAUUAGUAACUAUGGUUAAAUAUUUUUAUGUUCUAGUCAAUUUUGA